UCGUGCAUAAUGGUGUCUGUAAUUUUUCCAGGGAGUGAUUUAGUUUCUUGGUGGGGAUAACAUUUUGUCCAACCCGGAUUUAGAAUUGACGGUGUAAUAUGCGAGUUUUGCACUUGGGUUAAAACAACAUAAGCCACCCAUCUAGAACAAAAAGCCAUGGUUUUAUCUUUUCGGUUAAGAUCUCAAUUACUUAGCAUGGAAAACUGAGAAGCUACGAAUGUAAGAGAGAUUAAUCCGCAAUGCGAGUGAUUAACACAAAGCAGGCAUGUCUGCUGAAAUAGGUUCCAGCAAGACGCUCUUGACUUUUUACAGUCUGGUGUCGCUGUUUGGUGAAGAUUGCGGUUCAUUUCACCUCGUACACAGAAGGAACAGUAUUUGAGUUCAGGUGGUCAAAAUGGACAUACGAUACCGUCGGGCACAAGCGUCGGAAGAAAAACCCAGCGUGGCUAAAGAAAGAUCUUUCCCUGCUGACAAAUCAAAGAACUUCCUCGACUUCGCAAUGAGGGUGCGCCAACGAGUCCGUCAAGUUCCACUAAUCCUGUGCUUUUUGCUCCUCACAUCGUUCUUUCAAGUUGGACAGAGUCUAUGGCCGCUUAGUAUUCCACACCAGGCGUUUAUUGUAGGCUUCGUCGGUCAGCCUUGCCAUCAUAUGGGAUUGUCCGACGAUCAGAAACAAAUAUGUAUGAGCGAGGCCAAUCGGGAGCUUUUACCCACCAUAAGAUAUGGUGCAAGUUUGGCAUACAAACAGUGUCAGUACCAGUUUAAGUAUCGCCGUUGGAACUGCUCUGUGCCUGAAAAAGACAGCAAUUCCCUGUUUCGCCGAAUAACGGGGAAAGGUACGAAAGAGGCGGCCUUUACAUAUGCUAUAUCAGCCGCUGGCGUGUUGCACUCGAUCGCCCGAUCAUGCGUAGAGGGAAACCUCAGUAUGUGUGGCUGUAGCCGGGAAAGAAGGCCAAAAGACUUAAACAGCAACUAUCAGUGGGGUGGAUGUGGAGACAACAUAGAGUAUGGCGUCAAGUUCGCAAAGAAAUUCAUGAAAGCUGGUGAAAGCUCUACUGAACCAAAGGACACGCGUGAAUUAGAGAGGAAGUUGAUGAAUCUUCAUAACAAUGAGGUUGGAAUACAGGUGGUAAUAAAGGAAGCUAAGGUAGUCUGUGCGUGUCACGGGAUGUCAGGAUCGUGCAACAUGAGAACAUGUCAGCGAGUGCUGUCAGAAUUCCGGAAAAUCGGUGACAUACUUCACGUGAAAUACGACAAUGCCGUCCGUGUUAAAAUGGAGCGGAAAGACACCGUGGAAGUUCUGAGCAUCGUCAAGAAGAAGAGAAAUGGCGAAUAUCGUCGAGAUAACCGUAGAUUGAGGAGCACCAAUAAAGAAGCUGGGAAAGAAAGCUUGGUGUUCACUAGGGAAUCUCCCGAUUACUGCGAUAAAAGCUCUGAUUUUCCCGGUACAUUGGGACGGCAGUGUAGCGCGGAGUCAUACAGUUCUGAUAGCUGUGAACAGUUAUGCUGUGGACGUGGAUUUCAGAAGACUCAGGUCAGAGUGAAGAAGAAGUGUGAAUGCAAAUUUCACUGGUGCUGUGAGAUUCGUUGCAAGCAGUGUGAACACCUCGAGACGCGACACACGUGUACAUAAAGGUUACCGGAGCGUGUCGUCCAUUGAAAGAACCAAAAAAACUAUAUCAUCUGCCAAGAACAAUACGGUGAACAGGCUUUGUAUGUUCUGCUACUUGCUUGCAGCCGAAGAAUGCUAAUGACACUAGGUAUGCAGUUUUUUAAUGCAUCGUUAUUUUAAGUUAUCAUAGAGUCAAGAGAACGGGCUCGUAGUUAUUAAGUAUUUGUGUGCUGCAAAUAGAUGAAUAGUACUAAUAAUAAUUUCAACGUCUCAUGACAUUUGGUAGUUUACUUAAUGAGUAAUUUUCAAGUGAGUGUCGAAAGUGACCAAGGACUGCUUUAAUUUCUAUUUACUUUCCUUCGCCAAUUAAUUGAUCAAGAAAGCUUGCGCAAUCUUUUCAACCGAUCAGAUUCUCAAACCAAUCGCGACUUGCUCUAUCGCUUUUUCCCCGCCCUUAAAAAAACUUUGCUUGUCUUGACUUUGAGUUCUCAUUGGCCAUUUAUGUUAACCGUUGCUAUGAUUCGCCGGUGUGUUUAUCUAAGCUUCGGUUUUGCGCAUGGUCACUCACUUGAAAUGCGUUCUUAAGUAAACACAUGGGUUUAGGGGACAAACUUAAAAUAAACAGAGCACGAUGUGCUUGUCAUAAAAUGUCUCUUAGCUUAUUAAGGCUCCAUAGUGUGUUUUAAAUCAAUAUUUGGACCCCUCCGUCGAUGAGAUUCCUUUAUCUGCUCUUGGUUUUCAACUGGACACUAGUUACAUCAGUGUACCUCUUUUAUAGAAUUUGUUGAUCUGAUAUUCCUGUUUCAUUCAUUGGAAUAUUUUAGUUAAAGGUUAUUACAAACCAAAUCCCUUUAUGUAUAUAUGUAUAUAUAUAUAUAUAUAUAUAUACAUAUACAGUUUACAUAGACUAAAAGGUCUCUCAUAGACUCUUUCAAAAAUGGCUGAUGAAAAUUCAGACUCAAACUUAUUUGGAAAGCUAUACCAAUUGUGUCAGCCAGGGAAAUGGAUUUGCAAUUUAUAUGGCUUGCAUUCAUUUUUAUUGUCAGUGAAAUAAGCUUUAACCCAAGUCAUAUGAAACAUCUUUCAUUUCACUGAUAUCACCCGUAAUUCGGAUCAUGUCCUUUCUUUGUUAUGGGGUUUACACUGGGUUCCUGCCCAUAUCACUUCGGAGAAAUUUUCAAACGGAAUUUUCACUCUGAAAUGAAUGAGGUUUUUCUAGCCCUCUUUAAUUAAUGGUAUGACAGCCCUGAAAUAAGAUUGAGUUUCAAAUUUCUCCGACGCAGUACUGACGGAGUGCUAGUCUUUUUUAAAGUCACUCCUUUAAUCGCCAAUUUUGAGAAAUUUUAGUUCAUGAUUCCACUUGUAGUCUCCAGUAUUUGUUAUAGUUUGUUUACAACCUUAUUACUUUAAAACGGGAAAUUAUGUCGCAUUUUUCUCGUUCAAUACUUUAAAUAGAAUUUUUGAGUUUGUUAGCUUGUCAAAGAAUUACGUAUCAGAGUUGAAAUAUGCAAGGGGGCAUAAAUUGGAAAGCAGGGAAACAUUUCAGGGAAAUUGGAAAGGAUUUGUCCGGUCUAGGAAUUCUUUUUAAGCGAUUAGGUAUUUUUCCAGACAAGUUUUCGCUGCGAAACUUGUCAUGGAAACCUAGCUGACGUAAAGAUAUCCGAACACCAUGGUUCGUAUAUUUCAUCCAAAUUGAAAAAAAUGCUUUUUAUCAUGGAGAAACGUCUAACUGAGCCUUUGAGUAAAUCGGGCACCUGUUUCAUUUUGCGUUAUGUGAAAUGUUAGAGACAAUUUCUUCUUUUGUUCGUCUUGUAAAGCAAAUUCCAUCUCUUUAGUUUGUUGAUGUCAACACGAAUUCUCCUCCCAUGUGUUAAUCAGCUUCCGAUUUAAUGUUUGAUACAUUAUAAGAAUUUUUGUCUGAAUGUUAAACUAUAAUGAUGUAUACUGGAAAGUUGAUAAGGAGGUAAAUGUUCCCCCUUCCCUCGCAAACGCAACAGCUUGAGUGUAUUUUGCAGUUCUAAUAAGCCUUUCAUGGCCCAAAUGGGCAAAAGUGAUGUAGUGCAGGUGAAUAAUACCAUAUACAAAAGAUUUGAAUGAGUGGUGUGUUGCUCAUGUAAAUACAUUAUUCUAUUGUUUCAAUAAAGUUUAGUGUGCCUAUUAA